UCUCGGGACGCCCCCUCCUCAAAGCGCCCGGGAUUGGAGGGCUGUGCCAGACGAGCGUCCCAAACUUCCCAAAGUCGCUCGUGGAGUUCUGUGGUGCUGGACUGCGUCUGCUGUUCCUCCGAGCGCACAUGAAGAACAGGCAGAUCGGGACAUGAAAAGAUCGUGUUUUCUCGUGCUCGUCGGGCUGCUGUGGCGGUGUUGUGGAGCUCAGCAGAGAGGUCUCUUUCCAGCUGUGCUGAACCUGGCCUCCAUGGCAGAGAUCACGACCAAUGCCACGUGUGGAGAAACAGGACCAGAAAUGUACUGCAAACUAGUGGAGCAUGUACCAGGACAGCCUGUGAAAAACCCUCAGUGUCGGACCUGCAACCUGAAGAGUGAUUCUGAUUACGAGCGGCAUCCCAUCGAGUAUGCGAUCGACGGCACUAACAGAUGGUGGCAGAGCCCGAGCAUCAUGAAUGGAAUGGACUACCAUCACGUCACUGUGACUCUGGACCUGAAGCAGGUCUUCCAGAUCGCUUAUGUGAUCCUGAAAGCUGCAAACUCCCCUCGGCCCGGAAACUGGAUUCUAGAACGUUCUUUGGAUGGUGAAACAUUCAUGCCGUGGCAGUAUUACGCGAUUACAGACACAGAGUGCAUCACACGCUUCAACAUCAUCCCCAGAACAGGCCCACCGUCCUACAUGCAUGAUGAAGAAGUCAUCUGUACUUCCUUCUACUCUAAAAUCCAUCCUCUGGAGAAUGGCGAGAUUCACACCUCACUAAUAAACAGCCGUCCCAGUGCGGAUGAUCCGUCGCCCAUGUUACUCAACUUCACCUCGGCACGCUAUAUCCGCCUGCGGUUCCAGAGGAUCCGCACCCUAAACGCUGACCUCAUGACCCUCGCCCUGAAUGACCCACGAGACAUCGACCCCAUUGUCACCAGAAGGUAUUACUACUCCAUUAAGGAUAUAUCAGUUGGAGGCAUGUGCAUCUGUUACGGUCAUGCCAAGGCCUGCCCUUUCAACCCAUACAACAAGAAAUUCAGCUGUGAGUGUGAACACAACACUUGUGGUGAGAGCUGUGACCGCUGUUGCCCUGGUUACAACCAGAAACCCUGGAUGGCGGGAACCUUCCUCACACGCCACGUCUGUGAAAAGUGUAACUGUCACGGCAAAUCAGAGGAAUGCUAUUACAACCAGACUGUGGCCGACGCUAAGCUGAGUUUAAAUAUUCAUGGUGAAUAUGAGGGGGGCGGAGUCUGCCUUGGUUGCUCUGAAAACACAGGAGGAAUUAACUGUCAAUCAUGUGUAGACGGCUACUACAGACCAACUGAGCUGCAUCCAGACGAACGCUGGCCCUGCAGACCCUGCUCAUGUGACCUGAGCGGUUCACUGCACUCUGCAUGUGUUCCAGAUGAGAGUCAGGCCACCGCAGGUUUGGCAGUGGGCUCGUGCAUCUGUAAGCAGGGAUACACAGGUGAGAAGUGUGACAUGUGUGCGUUUGGAUACACAGGAUUCCCUCUGUGUGAGCGAUGUAACUGCAGCAGUGAAGGCAGCAUUAACCAGGAUCCCUGCCAGUCGCCCUGUGUGUGUAAGGUACAUGUGGAGGGACAGAACUGCGACCGCUGUAAACAGGGAUUCUAUAAUCUCCGUGGAGACCGUCUCAGUGGAUGCGAGAAGUGCUACUGUUCUGGUCUAGCCAGCCUGUGUGCUGAAUCCCACUGGGACUACAGUAAUGUGACGGAUAUGUCUGGAUGGUAUCUGACAGGAGCGGAUGGGGAGGGGCUUGUGUGGGCGGUGCCCAGCAGAGAGACGGCCCACCAGCUCACCGUCAGCCAAUCAGAGGCACAGACUCACCUGACAGCACCGUACUACUGGAGCGCCCCGUCUGCUUACCUGCGCAAGAAACUCUUGGCAUACGGAGGCCGGCUGGAGUAUUCGCUCUCUUAUGACACCGAAAGCAAAGAUGACCCCGUUCGCAUCAUCAGCGCUCCUGAUGUCAUCAUUGAGGGUGGCGGGGUGAGGAUGAUUGACAGCAGCUCUGGGGUUGCCGUGUAUCCGUUCUCCACAGCUGAGCGCAGGAUAGAUCUCCUGCCCGAAAGCUUUCUGCAUCAAGCCUCAAGACUUCCCGUCAGUAAGAGAGACUUCCACAGCGUCCUCAACAACAUUGAGCGUCUGCUGCUCCGGGCCUCCUACGCUCAGGAGCACAGCGCCAUCUACAGGUUGGGCCGUGUGAGCAUGAGUGUGGCCACUGAAGGCUCUGGCAGCGGUGUUCAGGCCCGCGCUGUGGAGGUGUGCCAGUGUCCUCCUGGAUAUGAUGGCACCUCCUGUGAGACAUGUGCGGUGGGCUUCCACAGAGUGAACGGGACGCUGUAUCGAGGUGUGUGUGAACUCUGCCAAUGCCACGGACACACAGAGCACUGCGACGACAUCACUGGACACUGCCUGAUGUGUAUUUGUCUGUCUAUAAAUGUUUGUUAUUACGGAGACGCCACCAGAGGAACUGCAGAAGACUGUCAGCCGUGUGCUUGUCCUCUUCUGAACCCAUCAAACAAUUUCAGCCCCACGUGUCAUGUUGAUGCCAGAGGUGACGUGAUCUGCGAUCGAUGCCAGCCGGGUUACACGGGUGCACGCUGUGACAGGUGUGCUAAUGGCUAUUUCGGUCGUCCCAAUGUUCCGGGGGGUUCCUGCCAGCCGUGUAUGUGUAACGGUAACCUGGAUCUUACAGCAGAGCUCAGCUGUGAUCCGGUGACUGGAGCCUGUCUGCGCUGUCAUGAGGGAUAUGGAGGACCGGACUGUGAAAGGUGCGCUGACGGAUUCUUUGGAGAUGCCCUCAUAGCCAAGAAUUGCCGAGCGUGUCAAUGCCACAGUAACGGAUCGCUCUCAGAGUUGUGCCAUCAGGAGACCGGACAGUGCCAGUGUCGACAACAUGUUGUGGGACGUCAGUGUGACGAGUGCAUGUCUGGCUUACACAUGCAGGGCGCUCAAGGCUGCGUCCCAUGCCACUGCAAUUCAUUCGGAUCGAAGUCGUUUGAUUGUGAUGAGAGCGGUCAGUGUCGCUGUCAGCCUGGUGUGACGGGACAGAAGUGUGACCGCUGCGCUCCCGGACACUUCAGCUUCCAGGAAGGCGGCUGCACACCGUGCCAGUGUGCCCAUGUGGGAAAUAACUGUGAUGCUAACACAGGUCAGUGUAUCUGUCCGCCCAACACCGUGGGAGAGAGAUGUGACAAAUGUGCGCCCAACCACUGGGGUCACGACAUCAGCAGCGGCUGUAAGCCAUGUGGCUGUAACGCACUGGGGUCUGUGGCUCAGCAGUGUAAUGUGAACACAGGCUGCUGCAUGUGCCGUGAGCAGUUCAGGGGUGAGAAAUGUGACGAGUGUAAGCUGGGUUAUAGAGACUUCCCACAAUGCAUUUCCUGCCAGUGCUCGGCAGCAGGCUCGUCACUGGACACCUGCGAUGCAGAGUCUGGUCUCUGCGCAUGUGCAGACAGAAGUGGGCAGUGCUCAUGCAAGGCUAACGUGAAGGGAGUGAAAUGUGACCGCUGUGAGGUGGGCUCGUUCGGCCUCAGUCACAGGAAUCCACUAGGCUGCAGUCAGUGCUACUGUUUCGGCUUGAGCAGCUCAUGUACAGAGGCCACGGGACUCAUCCGUAUGAGGCUGACUCUGGUGCCAGAACAGACUGUUCUUCCUCUUGUGGACAAAUCCAGUCAUCAGGAGAUCACAGCGGGUGUGAGCUUCCAGCAUCCUGACAUCAUUGCUAAUGCUGAUGUGGUCCAGCAGCAUCUGAGUGAGCCGUACUACUGGAGAUUGCCGAAACAGUUCAAACGCUCAAUGAUAACAGCCUAUGGUGGGAAGCUGAGGUAUGCCAUAUAUUACGAGGCUCGUGAUGAGACGGGCCGCACCUCUUAUGAGCCCCAGGUCAUCAUAAAAGGCGGACCCAACAAAGACAAGGUCAUGGUCCGCCACAUGCCAGCACUUCAGAUUGGCCAGCUGACCCGUCACGAGAUUGACAUAACAGAGCACGAAUGGAAACAUGAGGAUGACAGGCCAAUGUCUCGUGAGGAUUUCAUGGACGUGCUGUUUCAUGUCGAAUAUAUCCUAAUAAAGGCCUCACACGGCAGCGUCAUGAGACACAGCAGGAUUUCUGAGAUCACUUUGGAGGUGGCUGAGGUGGGGACGCCCUCAAAGGACAGUGAAAUCGCCCAUCAGAUUGAGAAAUGUGACUGUCCUCUGGGAUAUGCUGGUCUCUCCUGUGAGGAAUGUGCGGCUGGGUUCUACAGGCUCUCUGUUCAUGCCGGUGGAGCUGCGUCCAGAGCGGGCUUUGGCACCUGUGUCCGGUGCCAGUGCAAUGGACACAGUGACUGGUGUGAUCCUGAAACAGCCGUCUGCCAGAAUUGUCAGCAUAACACAGUCGGUGAUAAGUGUGAGCGAUGUGCUGCAGGGUUUUACGGCGUAAUACGCGGCUCUCCCGACGACUGCAAACCCUGUGCUUGUCCACUCCUCAACCAGAGGAACAACUUUAGUCCCACCUGUCAGACGGAGGGUUUUAAUGACUACCGCUGCACCGCCUGUCCUGAAGGCUACGAGGGAAAACACUGUGAAAGGUGCGCCCCUGGUUUCCAUGGUAACCCGAGUGUGUUGGGCGGCCGGUGCGAGGAGUGUAAGUGCGACGCCUACGGUGCAUUUCCCACAGUGUGUGACCCGCACUCCGGACAGUGCCAGUGUCGUCCCGGAGCCAGCGGCCUGAAGUGUGACCAGUGCAUGGAGAGGCAUGUGUGUGGCCCUGAGGGCAUCGUGUCGUGUGACGACGACUGUGCCGGACUCUUGAUUCGUGACAUGGAUCGUCUGCUGCGUUUGAUUGGCAGCGUCAAUCUCACUCUGCCCCUCCCCCUGCCCUAUAAAGUGCUGUAUCGAUUCGAGAACGUGACGGAGGAGCUGAAGCACAUGCUGUCCCCUCAGAGAGCCCCGGAGAGACUGCUGCAGCUGGCCGACAGUAACCUGGGCAGUCUGGUCACUGAGAUGGACGAGCUGCUCAGCAGGGCCACUAAAGUGUCUGCUGAUGGAGAGCAGACGGCAGCAGAUGCAGAGCGGAGCCGCAAAGGAGCCGAGGACCUGGAGCUUUAUGUCAGGAACACACUGCUGGCUGCUGAAGCUGCUAGCAGAAGUGGAGGAGAGCAGACCUCAGUCAGCGUGGAGUGGAAGAGCUUCAUUAUCCUUUCUGUGCGUGAGCUCCCUGCUCCACUGAACGCGACUCUGGGUUCGAGGGAAGGUGCUCCUGAGAAGAGCGUGAACGAGAUGAACGACGAAAUCCAAGUCAUGCUCGCAGAACUACGAAAACGGCAGCUCUCUGGCAAGAAGAAUAUAGCUGACGAAGAAUUGGGUGCCGCAGAGGCUCUUUUGGCUCGAGUGAAGCGUUUGUUUGGAGAUCCACACCAGGCCACAGAGGACCUGAAGAAGGAGGUCAGUGAUAAAAUGGGCGAUUACAGGCAGAAACUGGACGAAGCUCAGGAUCUGCUGAGGGACGCGCAAAACAAAACCAAACAGACCGAAAGACUGGCUGAUAACAACCAACUGAACCUCGACCGUCUGCAGGGAAAGAGGGACGCGGCCGGUAAACAGAAAAAGGAAAUGGAGGGAAUUUUGGCAGAAGGAGAGAAGAUGCUGGAUGAAGCUAACGCUCUCUCAGACAGCAUCAACCGGGGCAAAGAGGAGCUGGAGGAGAUGGCCAGAGAGCUGGGUCCCCUGCACGAUAAGUUGGAUUUUAAGGUGGCACGUUUGGGCCGUGGUCUGGACGACUCCAUCCCUGAUCUGCUGCUGAGAGCGGAAGACCACGCCGGCCAGCUCAACGAUUCUGCUGCCAUACUCGACAGUAUUCUAGCUGAGGCAAAGAACCUGUCCUUCAACGCCACCGCUGCUUUCAAGGCUUACACCAACAUCAAGAACUACAUCGAUGAGGCUGAUAAGGUGGCCAAAGAGGCAAAGAAAGCCAGCAUUGAUGCUCUACAGCUGGCCUCAGGACCCAAAGGAUCUCUGAAAGACCAGGCCAAGGGUUCGGUUCAGAAGAGCCACCGUCUGUGGAACGAGGCCAAAGAACUGCAGAAUGACGUGAAAGAAAAUGGAGACAAUCUGGGUGCUCUUCAGUCCAGACUGAAAGGAGCCAACAAAAAGAACAAAGACUUACAGAAAGGCCUGAACGACACAAUGGAGGAACUCAACGCCAUCCCAGAUGAUCUGGCAGCGAAGAUCCAGGCCACUAAGCUGAAGGCAGCGGAGGCCAACGACACGGCCAUAGACGUGCUCAACCGCCUGAAGGACAUGAACCUCAACCUGAUGGGCCUGAAGAGGAACCACAGCAAACUGGAGGACGACGUCAAGACAGCCAACAACCUGAUCAAAGACCCGGAGAAAAACACAAUAAUUCAUGCGGCCGGAGCUAAAGUCAAGGAUCUGGAGAAAGAGGCUGAUAGGUUGCUGGAGAAACUGAAGCCCAUUCAGGAGCUCCAGGACAACCUGAAGAAAAACAUCUCACAGAUCAAAGAGCUCAUCAACCAGGCUCGCAAACAGGCCAACUCUAUUAAGGUGUCUGUGUCGUCCGGUGGAAGCUGUAUCCGCACCUACCGGCCAGAGAUCAAGAAAGGCCGCUAUAACACCAUUAUCCUCCAUGUGAAGACCGUUGCUGCUGAUAACCUGCUCUUCUACCUCGGAUCGGCCAAAUACGUGGAUUUCUUGGCAAUUGAGAUGAGGAAGGGUAAGGUGAACUUCCUGUGGGAUGUGGGAUCAGGGGUCGGCCGUGUCGAAUAUCCUGAUCUCGUCAUCAAUGAUGGAAACUGGCAUCGGAUCGAGGCCUCACGUAACGGGCUGAACGGCAGUAUCUCGGUCCAUGCGCUGGAGGGGCCCAAAACAGGCAUCUUACCGACCCUCAGAAGUGCCAAAUCACCCGAGAGUUACACCGUGCUGGAUGUGGACCAGAACGCUUACCUGUUUGUCGGCGGCAUGCUGGGCUCAGUGAAGAAGGCAGACGCUGUGAAAACCACCACGUUCUCAGGCUGUAUGGGAGAGACGUCUCUAGAUGGAAAACCCAUCGGCCUCUGGAACUACAGACAGAGAGAUGGGGAUUGUGCUGGUUGUGUGGUCAGUCCUCAGCCAGCUGAUACUGAAGGCACAGUUCAGUUUGACGGAGAGGGUUACGCCGCCGUCAGCCGUCCCACCAGAUGGAACCCCAACGUUUCCACCGUCAUGUUCAAGUUCCGCACGUUCUCCACAGACGCGCUCAUGAUGUACUUCGCCACCAAGGACAUGAAAGACUUCAUGAGUGCAGAACUGAGGGAUGGGAGGGUGAAAGUGAGUUAUGAUCUGGGCUCCGGCACCGGCUUCAUCAUCAGUGACAAGCGCUAUAAUGACGGGAAAUGGAAGUCGUUCACCAUAUCCCGAAUGAAGAAAGAAGCAACCAUCUCCAUAGUGAACAUCGAUACUAAUGAGGAUGAGCGGUUGCGGUUGGCAUCUCCAGGUGGAGCGACAGGCCUCAACCUGAGGGAGGAUGAGAGGAUGUAUUUUGGCGGUGUACCCAAGACUGGAAACUACAGGUCAGAGGUGGUUUUGAAGAGGUUCUCUGGCUGUAUGAAAGACAUUGAAGUUUCCCGAACGCCGUACAAUCUGCUGAGCAGCCCAGACUACACAGGACUGACCAAAGGCUGCUCCAUUGAGAACCUGCACACUGUGAGCUUCUCCAGGCCCGGGUACAUGGAGCUGAAACCUGUGUCGUUUGACGUAGGCUCAGAGAUCUCUCUCUCCUUCAGCACGAAGCGUGAAAACGGCAUCAUCCUGUUCGGCAGAGGAGGACUGACCUCUGUGAUGCAGCGGAGGCAGGGCCUGACGCCCGUCCACAUCCCACGCCGCUCACGCAGACAGACCGGAGAGCCCUUCCUGUCUGUGCAGCUGAAUAAAGGGGCUCUGGAGGUGCUGGUGUUCACAGGCAGCAGGAGUCCACACAGAGCUCUCAGAAAAGCGGCUAAGGGAAUACUGCAUGAUGGGAGAGAGCACUCCCUGCGCAUCCAGAGACUCUCGGGAGCAUUAUUCACUAUGCAGGUGGAUGAAGAGCCACUCUUCCAGCAGACAUUACUCAACGAUCAUCCUCUGAGCAUCCAUCGGCUCUUCAUCGGAGGCAUCCCAGCGGACAUAGAAACAGGUGUACAGCGGCCCAACGUGCCGUUUGAGGGCUGCAUCUGGAACCUUCUCAUCAACACUGUGCCCGUGGAUUUCUCUCAGCCCGUGGCCUUUGAGAACGCAGAGAUUGGGCAGUGUCCUGACCUAGCCCCGCCUCCACCCCCGCCCGAGACCCCUGAGGAGGAGGAGGAAGAAGAGGAAGAGGCUCCAACCAAACCAGCGCUCAUCCCUACAGAAGCAGCUCGGCCUCCACCACCAGCCUCCACUGCCACGCCCCUCACCGAGGCCACGCCCAUCCCAGACACACCCACCAGUGUCAAAGAAGCCGCGGUGUCGUGUGCAGCAGGGGCGGAGCCUGUCGUGCUGGAACUGGCCAAACAGUUCGGUCUGUCCAGAAACAGUCACAUGGCCUUUGAGUUUGAUGACAAAAAGGUGAAGAACAGGCUGAUCAUCGAGUUCGAGAUACGCACAGAAGCAGCCUCUGGGCUGGUGUUCUACAUGGCCAGGAUAAACCACGCUGACUUCGCCACCAUCCAGCUGAAGGAGGGAAUGGCUCACCUGAGCUACGAUCUGGGCAGCGGCAACACCUCCGUCAGCGUGCCGCGCAUCAUCAACGACGGACAGUGGCACAAGAUCCGUGUGACGAGAGAGAAGCAGAGAGGAUUCCUGGUGAUUGACGGCCGUUACUCCAAACACACCACCAGCCCAAAGAAAGCUGAUAUUCUGGAUGUGGUGGGAAUGUUGUAUGUGGGAGGUUUACCGCUCAACUACAGCACCAAACGCAUCGGACCGGUCCUGUACAGUAUCGACGCCUGCAUUAGGAACUUCAAGAUGAUGAAUCUGCCGCUGGACAUGGAGCAACCCACAUCCAGCUACCGCGUGGGCUCCUGUUUCGCCAACCCAGAAAAAGGAACUUAUUUUGAUGGCACAGGCUACGCUAAAGCUGUGGACACGUAUCGAGUGGGUAAUGAUGUGUCCGUGGAUCUGGAGUUCAGGACGUCACAGAGCAGCGGCGUUCUGUUAGGAGUCAGUAGCCAGAAGAUGGACGGACUGGGAAUCGAACUUGUCAAUGGAAAGCUUUUAUUCCAUGCUGAUAAUGGAGUGGGACGCUUCACAGCCGUAUAUGAGCCGGAUCCGGAGGCGGGGCUUUGUGAUGGACAGUGGCACACAGUCUCCGCCCACAAGCUGAAGCACCGCCUGGAGCUCAUCGUGGACGGCAAGAAGUCCGAGGCAGCGAGUCCAGACGUCCGCUCUGCCUCCGCCGACACCAAUGACCCUGUGUAUGUGGGCGGAUACCCCGAGGGUCUGAAGCAGUUCGGACUCACUAUAAACACACCGUUUAAAGGCUGCAUGAGAAAUGUGAAGAUCUCUAAAGCUGGGAAGACUCUGGAGGUGCAGAUGAACAGAGUCCUGGAGCUCCGAGGAGUUCAGCCUCUCACCUGCCCCGCUAGUUAAACACACACUCGUCUGACUCCUACUCAAACUGAAUCAGUUCAUGAAUCAAAAUCAGAAUUAUUCAGAGAACUAACUGUGAAGUACUAGCUGUGCCGCUCAUAACCAAAUAACACAAGGAAUAUUAAAAAACAAACAAACAGCUGGAAAAAACCAAGGAUUUUAGACAAACCCAGCCAAAUGGAAACCAGAUAACAAAAAUCCUUUAAAUCAGAUUCUAUCAGAUGUCAUAGGAGAACAUUUUUAUAAAAACUUUCAGUAACACUUUACAAUAAUGUCCCAUAAGUUAACAUUAAUUCAGGCAUUAACUAACAUGUACUAACUAUGAAAAAUACGUUACAAUAUGUAAUUAUCUGUUGUUAGUUAAUAAAAAUACAGCUGUUUUGUGUUAAUUCAUGUUUGAUCUGGUCAAUUAAAAAUAACAGAAACGAUUUUUUAUUUUAAUAAUGUAUUAUUAAAUAUUGAAAUUAAUAAAAACUUGAAUUAAUAAAUAUAUUCAAAUAUUUUUCAUUGUUAGUUCAUGUAGUUAACAGAUGAAAUCUUAUUGUAAGGUGCUACCAACUUUUUAUGCUGUAGUUCUUUUAUCAAACUAUGUAUUUGUGUGUUAAAGGAACCAAAAACCAAAACAGAAACUGUAGUAAAACAUUGAGAACUUUUUUUUUUUAAUCUCUGAAGCACAACUACAUCUUACACAGCCAAAAGGAUCCUAACAAAACCAUUAAAGAGUGAAUGACCCAACGAAUCGGGAUUGUAUCAUUUAAAAACUCAGACAUUGAUAGAUGAGGCUUGAUACUCAUUUAAAACAGUAUCAUACUUUAUUACGUGGAGAGCGUUGGACUUACGGUCUUACAUUUGUGCAUUUCGAGUUCUUCUGUUUGCCACUUUUCAAAGUGUGACUACAUUUGACACCUGAUACAGUACAUCAAGAAAUAUUUAAACACAAACAAAAAAUGUUUGUGCCUUGCUCUGAUACUACAUAAACUGCAUUUAGAAAGGUUACACUGACAUAGAAAAUUAAGGAACUGUUCACAAUGAAUUAGCCUUGCCAAAAAUCAGCACAGACACGCUGUAUUAAAAAUAAAAAUCAGAUGUAGGAAAGUUGGACAGAUCAGAUUUUCAGAUUUAAGUGUGACCGCAGUGUAAAUGCCUUAAUGAUCAAACCACACUUGAAGAAUCAGGUUGGCUGCAUAUAUGAGGAGCAACAUAUUUCAUCUAAGAGCCAAAGAGAUUGUAAGACACAUUCAUGGAAAGAGACCUUGUGUCGAGCCCUGAGACACUUUUCUCUGAGGUCUCAGUGUGUGGUUUUGCAUGGAGUGAUGACAUGUACUGUGUAAUGUUCAGUAUUUCAAAAUAAAGAAGUAUCCCCUCUGAUGGCACUUGA